CGGAAGCGGCUGCGCCUGCGCACUGAGCCCGGCCGCUCCCUGCCUUUCUGCCCCUGCUGCCCGGCGCUCCGGUACAGGAUGGCGAAGAACACGGUGUCCGCCCGCUUCCGUAAGGUGGAUGUGGACGAGUACGACGAGAACAAAUUCGUGGAUGAGGAGGAGGCGGGAGAAGGACAGCAAGGACCGGACGAGGGGGAGGUGGACGGCGCUAUCCGGGGAGGGAACAUGAUGGGCGCGCUGCAGGCUGUUCUGAAGAACCCGCCGAUCAACGCAAAGAAUCAGUCGGCAAAGGAUCGAGCAGAGAGUCUUGUGCUGAAAGUUCUGGUCUCCUUCAAAGCCAACGAGAUCGAGAAGGCUGUCCAGUCCCUGGAUAAGAACAGUGUCGACCUGUUAAUGAAAUACAUCUACAAAGGCUUCGAGAGCCCGUCUGAUAACAGCAGUGCUGUUCUACUGCAGUGGCAUGAGAAGGCUUUGGCAGUAGGUGGCGUGGGUUCUAUAGUCCGGGUACUGACUGCCAGGAAGACCGUUUGAAUGUUCAGCUGGUUGUGAUCGAUGGAAGAACUGGUGCCAAGACCAAAACUCUGAGCUGCAGCCUCGCUGUAGCCGCCCAUCCAUUCCUUUGUUGUUGCCCACGUUUCUAUUCUCCUUUUUUUCUUCUUUAGCCUUCGUUUUGUUUUUAAAUACCAUUUUGAAGUACGCAGAGCUUGUGAGAGUUUGCUGUGAGUGCAGAGCUCUGUUGACAUGAGUGCUAAAUUAUCCGCGUCCCCUGCCCUCCUUGAGCUGGGCUCUGUUGAAUAGCCAUCCCCCUUCCCAUUUCUACAGGUUGCAGUGUCGUCUGCUCCGAGGUGAAUGGUAUUGCGCCUUAUAACCUCAUUUUCGUCAGGGCUAAUCCUCACAGCUCGGCACUGUAAGCGAGCUGGUCCCCUUUCCCUGCGUUCCUGCUGCUGCCCCACCUUCCACACCGUUGGGGCAAUUCUCUCAGGAUCAGCGUUUUUUGCAAUCUAAGGCCUUUUUCUAUCAUGGAACAGUGUCCAGAGACCGAUUUAGGCUCCGUCGUUAUCUUUGCCGACGGGGGUCUGGAUUUUGUUACCAUUAACUCCCUCAGGUCCUAGGUGUACAAAGGGAUAAAUUAUAUAGUAAAACGAUUCACUCUGCUGUGGCUCCUUGGGUUCCUUUCCGUAGCCAACAAACGCGGGGGUCUGCAGUAACCCGUCAUAGGGCCCCCGUAGCAGAGGCGAUAAUUUUGUGGGCUGAAUAGCAGGAAGACGAGUUCAGGUGACCAUUGGGUUCCAUUCAUAUUAAAGGGAUUGUCCAGGAUUAUAAAAACAUGACCGCUUUAUUUUAAAAACGGCACCACCCCCCGUCCACAGGUUUUGUCCAGUAUUGCAGCUCUGCCCCAUUUACUCCAAUGGAACCAAGCUCCAAUACCAAACACAACCCAUGGACAGGGAUGUUGCUGUUUUUGGAAAUUAGAAAUUAGCUGUGUUUUUCUAAUCCUGGACAACACCUUUAAUUAUUAAGAUUUAGAAACUGGGGAUAUUGAUUGGUGCCAGUGCAAAGGAAACAUGGAGCAGUUGCCCAUAACCAAUCAGAUUGCUUCUUUGAAUUUCAAAAGGGCCUCUGAAACCAUGAAAGCUGCACAGUGAUUGGUCGACUCGGGCAACUGCUCCAUUUUUUUUCCUUUGCACCAGUUUUGAUAAAUCUUCAGUGUUUUUCGAUGCACUUUUCCUCCUUUUGUUAUGGUUCUGCCCACAAAAUGGUUGCUUGUGUUAUGUGUAAGACCAGAGGUGCUCUUUGAAGGGAUUUUCAUAUUGACGACGUAUCUUUAGGAUAGGUCAUCAAUACGGGAUCAGUAGGGGGUCGGACUCUCGGCACCCCAGCUGUUUGAGGAGGCUGUGGCGCUCACUGGAUCUUGGGUUAAUGCUGUGGCCUCCUUGCAGCUUAUCAAGCACAACGCUGUUCUUGGUAUCACAGCUCAGCCCCAUUCAUUUGAAUUGGGCUGAGCUGUGGCUAGGUCAUGUGACCAGUGAACAUGACAUCACAUGACUUGGGAAGAGGCCGCAGUGCUCAAGGAGUGCCUCGAUCUCUUUAUACAGCUGAUCGGCUGGGGUGUCGGUCAUACUGAUCACCUAUCCUGGAGGGUAGGCCAUCAGUAUGAAAAUUCCAGAAAACCCCUUUAAAGUGGAUCUGUCACCUCUCCUGACAUGUCUGUGUUAGUGACUAUUUGCAUUCUCCACGUGAUAACAAUUCUAUGGGCAUCUAAUUUUUUGACUCUUUUAUGUUGUAUCGUUUAUUAUUCCUGCUAGAAAUUAAGAAUGAAUUGCUAGAAAAUUUCUGUGACGAUCCAGAUGGGUGCUACCAGUUUGGGUUGUGUCCCUGCACAGUCUGACACUAGCAGGAUAGGGGCAGACUGCAGGAACACAUCCCCAUCUGGUAACGCCCAUCUGGACCUUCGCUGCAAACUUCUAGCAAUUCGUUCUUAACUUCUAGCAUGAAUAAUAGAGGAAUGAGACCUCAUAGAGUCAUUGUUAUGAUAUGGGAAAUGCAAGUAGUUACUAAAACAGAUCUGUCAGGGAGGGGGGACAGUUCAGUGCUUAGAAAUGUGAUUUUUGCAUCUAUCUUUUAGACAUGGUAAUAGCCUAGAUCAAAUUUUAAUGGGGGCAUGAAGAUGGCUUAUAAAUUGGAAAUAAUUGACCCUUUAAAACAUAACUUUUACUAAAGAUAAAGAAUAAAAUCGCCCUGUAAUCACAACAGAGGGUAAACGAUGUGCAUGGGCAAAAGAAAUGGCCCAACCAGCAUAAUGCAUGUAGUAUCCCAUAUGCACACAGAUAGUCACAAUAAAUGGGAAAUGAUCAGAAAGGGCAGGGCUGGGGCGGCUGAUGUGGAGGGCGGGGAACACUCGCCCUAGCGAGGCCCUACUUAGACCUCAGCCCAGGGACAAACCUAGAUGGUGGGAUUUCCCUGUCUUCGCACCUGUCCUGUAAAACCCUAAGAAGCCCUAGAUGGUUUUAUAUGAUAAUUAUAACACCCCGACGCGUUUCCCCCGGUUGGGUUCCUCAGGGGGUCGGUGCCGGAGCACGUCUCACCAGGCACGGAGGAGGAACCUCCGGCCGGUGGAACGCACGCCGCGCUGUUACUUCCGGUAUCGUGGAACGCACGAUCAUUAUUGAGGCCAUAUGUGCCGAAUAUUGAUAGAUAUCUACCGGUGGCCUUGAUGGGUGUUUUUAAUUCCAGCCGUCAGUGACACCAGGCUUAGUUGGAAACAUACAUUUUAUAUAAGGUUAUGGGCUGGCAUUUUAAGUCUGUCUUGGCGGUGCCCACAGGCUUGAACUGUGCCUGGUAGGGCUCUAAAAGCUGGAUUUGCAAAAUGGGCAUUUAGGCCUAAUGCCAGGAAGGCGGCUGGAUAUAAUACAGGUGUAUGUAACAGAAUUUAACCAGAUGC